AUGAGCGUCCAGGUGAGCAAUUAUGUGCACAAUAAAAAUGACAAUAUCAAUGGAUCCUCCUCAAAGCUCGUAAACAUUGCUUUUGCCGCUACGCAGGUCGUCCCGGAUGUGCCGCUCGCCGCACAAGGAUUGGUACGAAAAGAUCAAUACACAAUACGACCCGACCACUACCCGGGCAAUGGUGGACAAAGCCCGAUCACAUCGGACCCUCGCCAUCAGCAGUUCAUGUUCCGGCUACUGCCCGAAAUCGGAACACGCGUCUUGAUACUUUGCACGACGAUGGUGGAUUGUGUUUGGUAUGCGUAUAAGACAAGGAAGGGCAUUAAACUCAACACAAAUUUCGCAACAUCAAACAUCAAGGGGGCAGAAGGGAUGAGGCCGAAUAUUUUCAAAGGACCAAACGGUCUGCUGUUGCAAAAGGGCGUAUCCCCAGCUGAGGCUGGUGUAGCACCACCAAAAUACAGUCUCAAAGUGGAUGGCGAUCUGCAGGUGGAGCGUGACAUCGCUGUGACCUUGCGAGACGGCGUAAAAAUGUACAUCGACUUGAUUCGGCCCAAGGAUAUUGUCAACGUGCCCGUGGUGCUAUCAUGGGGUCCUUACGGUAAGCACUUGGACGCUGGGAAGGAAUACAGCAUGAUUCCAGACGACAGUGGCAAGUACGGCUGUGGUGUUGAUCUGGCCUGGUUGAAUACAUACACGGGUUUCGAGUCUGCGGACGGACUGAGGUGGUGCAAGGCUGGCUACGCAUGUAUCACCGUUAAUCCGCGCGGUAUGUGGUGGUCCGAGGGGGACUUUGCGAGCUGCUGGGGCGAACGCGAGGCUCGGGACGUGUGUGAUGUGAUAGAGUGGGCGGGGACUCAACCCUGGAGCAGUGGCAAGGUAGGGAUGACAGGCGUUUCCUACCUCGCCAUCAUCCAGUGGUGGGCGGCCUCACUCCAGCCGAAACACCUCGCGGCUAUUCAACCCUGUGAGGGCCUGACUGAUCCGUACCGAGAGCUGAUUUUUCAUGGCGGAAUUCCGGAAUCAGAAUUCGUGGAGGAGUGGCAGUACGAGCGACUGAAGUAUUCCAUCUCCAAUGUCGAGGCUAUGAGGGAGAUGGGUAUGGAACAUCCCCUGGAUGACGAGUAUUGGGCAUCAAAGCGUCCUGACCUAUCCAAGAUUGAGGUUCCGGCGUACAUAAUCGCUAGCUGGGCAGACCAAGGACUACAUACUCGGGGUACAAUCGAUGCGUUCGAAGCCAUCUCAUCAAAACACAAACAUCUUGAAAUCCACGGGCGCAAAAAGUGGGCGUGGUACCACAAUCCAACGACCUUUGAGCGCCUGCGUGCCUUUUUUGACCAGUACGUUAAGGGAAUAGGCAAUGAGACCGAUUCUUGGCCUUUGGUGAAUUGGGAAUUACGGACUGGCUUGAAUACUGGGCUUGACAUGACUUCAUCUACAUGGCCGCUUUUGAACCGCACACUGGUGUCUUUCUAUCUUGAUGCCACUGAUGGAACAUUGAAGCGUGAGACGCCUUUGAAUCAAGGAACUGCACGCUAUCUUUCCACCAGGGAAGGACAAUCUGUGGUGUUCGAACAUGUGUUCGAUUCCCAGACUGACAUUGUGGGCUCUAUGGGUUUGAAACUAUAUAUCACCACUGAGGAGGCCGAGGAAGCCGACGUUUUUGUCGCGCUCAGGAAGACGGAUGCUGACGGCAAUCUGAUAACGUUUCAUUUUCAAAAUGCUCUGUCUCAAGGUCCCGUGGCCCUUGGCUGGCUUCGCUCCUCUCAUCGAGCGCUUGAUUCCACUAGGUCGACUCCGGACCGGCCGUGGCAUAUUCAUGCGAAGCAGGAACCUUUGACUCCUGGCCUAGCUGUUCCGAUAGAGGUUGAGAUUUGGCCAUCGGCAACACGAUUUAACGCUGGUGAACGUCUGCAACUGGUCAUCCGCGGCAGCGAUAUCUACACCAACAACACGCGCCGGGUUCAUCAGACCAACAACAUGGGUUGGCACGCCAUUUCGACAGGCCCUGUUAAAGGAUCUUUGUUGACAUUCAACGUUCUUGAGAGCACGUCCAGGUCUUGA